AUGAAACUAAACGAAACCGUCUGCAAAGAACUACACGAACCAGCAUACUGGAGUUCGAUUUCGAAGCCUUCGUUGAUUACCUAUUUGAUUUACCUCUCACAAACAACAAAAGAUUUACUCCAAAAGGACAAGAUUCAAAGUAAAUACAUUUCGGAAAUUACAAAAAUAAAACGAAGCUACAGGGAAAUGGAUGAGCAAUAUAAAACAGUCGAAAAAGCUUUGGAAAAUUUUGCAUAUACUGGCUUCGGCUAUGUAUAUGAAGGCUUCGGCUCCGUUGAAAAUGCAAUGAAUGAAAAGGUAUCGGAGGAAGUUAAAGAUUUUUGGGAAGACAAAAAGCUGGACCAAAAACUCGUUACAUUAGAUAAAAAACGAAAAAUAGCCGAGGCUGAAGGUAUUGUGAAUUUUUUGCAAACGGGAAACGAACGUUUAGACGAUACCUCAAGGAUGGUUCAUAAGUCUCAGUUAAAUCUUUUGGAAAGAAAUGAAGCAAAAAAAUCCAGAAAUGAUGAACAAGAAGAAGCGGAGGAUACUAACAAGCACUGA